AUGACUAAGACACAGGAGGAGAUGAUGAGGAAGGACCUGACUGAGCUAGGGAGUGUCAUGAGGACGUUUGCCAAUAAGAAUGAUGGAAUAGAGCAAGCCAUGAGAGCCAUGGAGCACAGGCAAGAGAGUACUGAAAAAACUAUAAAAAACUUGGAUCAGAAAUAUGAGAGUAUGAUGAAUAUGAUGGCGCGGAUGAUGGCCAAGCUAUCUGACAAGGAAAAGGGAGAAGAAGGAAGCAGUUCAGGAGGAUAUCAGAGAUUGGAUCUGGUCAGCAAAAAACCUGAGAAAAUAGAAGGAAGAGGAGGAAACAGGUUGCCAAAGCUUGACUUCCCUGUGUUUGAUGGAGAGAAUCCUAGGGAAUGGGUCAGGGGAGCCAACAAGUACUUCCAGAUCCAGGGAGUGGAAGAGGAGCUGAAAUCUGAUCUGGCUCAACUGCAUCUCAAAGGGAAGGCAGACAUCUGGUUCCUUGGAAUGUACCAUGGAAGAGCUGAAGUUCCUUGGGAGGAGCUGUCCAGGGCCAUUUGUGAGAGGUUUGGAGGAGGAACACCAGAAGAGACCAUAAAAGAAUUCAACAAGCUAGCUCAGACUGGUAGUGUGACUGACUACCUGGAAAAAUUUGAACUACUCAAAUCCCUGGUAAUGCCUCUACUACCCAACCAACCUGACUCUUAUUAUAAAUCCUGUUUUCUGAGUGGCUUGAAGGGGGAAAUUGUAAACAUGGUGAGGAUGGCUAGACCCCGCACUUUGGCAGAUACUAUAGAAGCUGCUAAGCUGCAGGAGAAGAAUUUAGAAGUUAUAAGGAAGGCACAGAGGGCACUACCCCACGGGGCCCCAUACCAUUCCAACUCCCUGGGAAGCAGCAGGCCAAACCCUGUCCCACAAUUGAGGAACAAAUGGCACCAUGAAGGCUCUAGGGUACUCAGGGACAAUGACCACAGGGGGCCCAAGGCAGGGGGAAACACAGCAGACAAUUUCAGGAAAAUCUCUCCCACAGAAUUCAACUACAGGAAGGAGAAGGGAUUAUGCUACAAGUGUGCAGAACCUUACACUCUAGGCCACAUCUGCAAGCAAGCUCAGAUUCAGUAUAUCUUGGAGGAUGAACCAACUGAGCUAAUUGAAGUAGCUGAAGGGGAAAUGGAUGAAGGAGAAGAGUUUUGUGACUGUAUUGAGGGAGGAAUCAGUAAUGAAAGGAUAGAGGUUUCAAUCCACACAUUGUCUGGAGGAAAUGGACACAGCACCUUUAAGCUAAAGGGGGUACUGGCAGGAAGGAAACUCUUAAUUCUGGUUGACAGUGGCAGCACCCAUUGUUUUUUGGAUGAAAGGGUGGCUUCCCACCUACAAUUGCAGGUAACAGGAACCCCCUUGGUAGUUAGAGUGGCUAAUGGGGAAAGGUUGGAGUCCAGACAACUCAGCGGACCACUAAAUUGGAAGCUAGGGAGUUGUGAUAUGGUGCUGGGGGUGGACUGGCUGGCCAGAUAUAGCCCCAUCGAAUUUGACUUCAACCAGUUGAGCAUGAAGUUCACAAGAGGGAAGGAGGAAGUGGAGCUGAAGGGUGAAUCUAAUAAGCUUAAGUUGACAGCCAUUAAAGGAAGCAAGUUGAUGAAGUGGAGGAGGAAGCAAGAGUAUGGAGUAACUGCACUUCUCACCAUACUGGAGGAAGGACAGGAAGGACAGGAAGAGGUGCCAACAGGAGUGAAACAGAUGCUAAACCAGUACCAGGAUAUAUUUGCUGAACCACAGGGCCUACCUCCUCCUAGGAGCCAUGACCAUGGGAUACCACUCAAAGAAGGUGCCAGACCAUUCCAAAUCAGACCCUACAGAUGCCCUUAUGUGCAGAAGUCAGAAAUAGAAAGGCUGGUCAGGGAAAUGCUACAAAUGGGAAUUAUACAGCCUAGCAACAGCUCCUUUGCCUCUCCAGUCCUGUACUUCACUAAAAUUGAUCUAAGGGCAGGUUACCAUCAGAUCAGGGUCAAGCUGGAGGAAAGACACAAGACUGCAUUCAGGACUCAUCAGGGACUAUACGAUGCCAUUUGGCCUAACUAA